UGGCAGAAAAGGCGGCGGCGGCGAGGGUAGGGAGCCUGGAAACGCAAGCGGGGAUGGUAGGUAGUUUGGACUCGCCGGGCCGCCGUCGUUUCCAGAAAGGGUUUGACUGGAGGAACCUCUGGAGCAGCUGUUGGUUGGCUCCUCUAACUGAUGGCAUGUUGAAGUACAUGGGCCAGCGGCAGCGAGGGCAUCUGAUCCAGAGAGGGCCACUCUAGAGGCCAGGCUACCACCACCAUGGGCCAGUGUGUCACCAAGUGCAAGAAUCCUUCAUCAACCUUGGGCAGCAAGAAUGGAGACCGGGACCCCAGCAGCAAGUCACACAGCAGGCGGGGGACUAGCCACCGUGAGGAGCAGGUGCCACCUUGUGGCAAACCAGCUGGGGAUAUUCUUGUCAAUGGGACCAAGAAAGCAGAGGCUGCCACAGAGGCCUGCCAGCUGCCAACUUCUUCUGGAGAUGCUGGGAGGGAGUCUAAGACCAAUGCCGAGGAGUCUUCCUUGCAGAGGUUGGAAGAACUAUUCAGGCGCUACAAGGAUGAGCGGGAGGAUGCAAUUUUGGAGGAAGGCAUGGAGCGCUUUUGCAAUGACCUAUGUGUUGAUCCUACGGAAUUUCGAGUGCUGCUCUUGGCCUGGAAGUUCCAGGCUGCUACCAUGUGCAAAUUCACCAGGAAGGAGUUUUUUGAUGGCUGUAAAGCAAUAAGUGCAGACAGCAUUGAUGGGAUCUGUGCACGGUUCCCUAGCCUCUUAACAGAAGCCAAACAAGAAGAUAAAUUCAAGGAUCUCUACCGGUUUACAUUUCAGUUUGGCCUGGACUCUGAAGAAGGGCAGCGGUCACUGCAUCGUGAAAUAGCCAUUGCCCUGUGGAAACUAGUAUUUACACAGAACAAUCCUCCAGUAUUGGACCAGUGGCUAAAUUUCCUAACAGAGAACCCUUCGGGAAUCAAGGGCAUCUCCCGGGACACUUGGAACAUGUUUCUUAACUUCACUCAGGUGAUUGGCCCUGACCUCAGCAACUACAGUGAAGAUGAGGCCUGGCCGAGUCUCUUUGAUACCUUUGUGGAGUGGGAAAUGGAGAGAAGGAAAAGAGAAGCGGAAGGGAGAGGUGCACUCAGCUCAGGGCCCGAGGGCUUGUGUCCAGAAGAGCAGACUUAGCUGCUCUGUUCCAGGAGCAGCACUGAGGAUCUAUCUGCCUGCUGCCCUGCAGCCAAGUGAGGAAUUGGACCUUUCUGGAAAUUACUGAAGAUCCGGAUAUUUUCUACUUUACACCUUUCUCUGCCUUGUAUUUGAAAGGGCUCUAAAAUGCUGUAUCAUGUUUUAGGCACUUUCUUCAUUUUUUUUUUUUUUUUUUUGUGGGUUAUUUUGAUUAUUUCUUUUUUGGAGUAGGAAAUCCUCCAAAAUAUUUGAACCUGGCUACAUGUUGUGUACCUUUUUUUGAAGCCUUCAGAUAGAAUAAGCCUGCCAUUUCUUGCACACUUUAUUAGAUUUGUUUUGUUUUUAUGGAGGUGGGGGGUGUAGGCCCCGGGUUGGGGAGUGGGAUUGUUAGGUUGAAUUAACAUUACAAAAUGAUACAGUGCCAGAUCUCAGUUUUGCAUAUUAUUUUUCAGGGCAGGUCUGUACUGUGUGUAGUGCUGUUUACAUGGUUGAAUUUAGGUUGUAAUUAUUAUUUUAAAAGAUUUACACAGAUAUGAAUAUAGCAGUGUUAACUGUUAGCCACAUUGCAUUAAUUUCCAAACAGUUUGGAGCUCUUGGCGAGCCAAGGCCAAGGCCAGUCAAGAGCAUUUGCAGUCUGACCCCCACCCCAUCCCUUUGAGCUAAUUUAUCCAAAGCCCUCACUUCUCCCUCACUUCUUGCUCAUUCCUUCUUUGACCCAUUGCAUUUCAUGUUUAACUUAUCCAUCAUCAUGCUGAACCUGUCAGUCAAGUGAGCAGUUUUGUUUUGUUUUGUUAGGACGCAUUGUACUGAAAACCACUUAAGCAUUGAAUGCAGAGAAAGCAGUGCUACCUCAGUUUUGCUGGAAGUAGACUUCUUUGAUAGUUUUCUUUGAUGUUUUUGUAUUUUCAUGUCAUAAGUGGAAAUACUUCUUUUUUCCCCUUUUUCAUUUGCCGUGGAGCCAAAGUUUCCGUUCUGGGUGGUGAGAAAAGUGUGCCUGCCAGCCAGCUGACCUGAAAGGAAGCUGUGGCAUGGAGCUCUGCUUCAAACUAUUUUUUCUUUAGUUUUUGUUGAGUAUCAUUAGCUUACUUGUCUGGCAAGUGCAGAAGCCUGAGGCUGGCCUGAACUCUGCCAAACAAAUUAUCCAUGUGUAUUGAAUCAUUAAAUGUGUGCCCUCUCCCUCUUUGCUGCGCCCACGUUGUCACUUAACCCCCAGGAGUUAUUUAUUAUCUUUGUGUUAAUGUCAAGCUCAUUUGGGGUAAUGUGAUGACUGUUUAGGUUUACAUGACCCUCUUCUCUUUCCCUUACUCCCAGAUAUGUAUAUAUACAUAUAUAAGAUAUGUAUAUAUUUUACCUUUAUAAAAUAUAUAUAUAUACACAUAUAUGUAUCUAUAUCCCUUUGUUCGUCUGCUAAAACUGGCCAUGAAAGAGGGAGCUGCCUUCAAUCUGUAGUCUAAGAAGAUGCCAGGGCGCAUCAUAAAUGGAGGCUGUUGUAUAUUAAUUUAGAUUUUUUUUCACUGAAAAGAACAUUAAUAAAUUUGCUUGCAGGAAGGAGGAACCAGUUCUCUAGACUCCAUGCUCACUCUACAAGGCCAGCUUUGGCCAAGCUGCCAUUGGGGCCUAAAGAGCUGACUCUGUCCUACCUGUUUCACUAGAGGACCAUCUUGAUAAUUUCCCCUUAAAACUAUCCUCAAAAAUGUACUGGAAGGUGGGUGGCAGGAGCUUGUACAGUUCAGCUUCCAACAUUUCGGAACAGAUUUAAAAGGGAAUCUUUUAAUAAAUAAAAAUUACAAAAAUAUUUAUACUCUUGA